CUGCAUAUAUAUUUUCUUUAAGACCAAUCUCUAAUGGUGGAAGAUGAUUCGAGCAUCGUUUUGAGCACUAAAUUGGCUGUUCUGGCUGCAGAAACCUCGGAUUCCGGCGACAGCAACUACAAGCUUCGCCCCAGCAAACGUGCCAGGCAUGAUCACGGUGCGUCGUUAGCAAGGUUCAAAGGUGUCGUCCCGCAGCAAAAUGGGCAUUGGGGUGCGCAGAUAUACGCCAACCAUCAGCGGAUAUGGCUCGGGACGUUCAAGUCCGAUAGAGACGCAGCCAUGGCUUACGACAGCGCUGCCAUAAAGAUACGUAGCGGCGACACGCAUAGGAACCUCCCAUGGACCGAUCUCAACAUCAAAGAAUCGGACUUUCAGAGCCUUUAUUCGACCGAUGAUGUAUUGAACAUGAUCAGGGACUGGUGGUAUCAAGCCAAGUUGGAAGAUUUCGUCAAGAUCUUGUCUAAAAAGGAUGGGAAAUUGAUCAGUAAUCUUAACAAAAAGCUUGUGCAUGGUGAUACACAGUUCUCAUGCAUGCAACUUUUUCAAAAGGAAUUAACACCAAGCGAUGUCGGCAAGCUUAACAGGCUCGUGAUCCCUAAAAAAUACGCCGUUAAACACUUCCCUCACAUUUACGAGACCGAUCAACAAAGUCUGGUGGGUGGGGACGAAGACAUCGAGCUUGUCUUCUAUGACAGGUUAAUGAUGACAUGGAAAUUUCGAUACCGCUAUUGGAGGAGUAGCCAAAGCUUUGUCUUCACUAGAGGCUGGAGUCGAUUCGUGAAGGAGAAGAAACUCGGUGAGAAAGACUCUGUGACAUUUUACGCAUGCGAGUGCCCUGGUGGGAGUCAAAAUGGCAGAAACUUCUUCCUCAUCUAUGUGGAUUACAAUGGUGAAAGAUGUUGCAUCGAUGAGGGAGAUUAUAAGAAAAUGACUAACACUAAUACGUUGGAAGCAUCGGCGCUGGAGUUGGAGCUGAACAUGGGGAAGAAGAAUUACAGUAAGACUAGUAGUGAGUUGAAUGAAGAUAGAGUGGUAGAUGGAUUGGAAUCGGGUCGUAAUGUAAAGAAGAAAAGUAUUACUCUUUUCGGAGUACAGAUUAAAUGA